AGAGGCAAAUGUAUAAUUCGACAUUUAGCCUAAUGUCAGUUUCAUUGAGGACUUUUCCCCAUAAAAAGAACCACGCGGGGGAGUUGCAUAAUUUACACUUCAAAUGCCCACACGGGCAGCCUCCGAGACACGAGAACUGAGCAUGCGUAAGGCUUGAUAGCGUUUUCUUUAAGCAGUCAACAUUAGAAUGCGGUUUAAACCACCUCCGAGCGGAUUUGUGAAAUGCGCACUAGUGCGCCCAAAGUCGUUGUCCAGCGCUGUAUCUCCAUUAUUUCUUAAUGUGCAUCGGUUCUAGGGUAUUAAUAUAUCUUCUGGAAAACGGUUUGGAAAUAGGUGUAUCCAUAAUGACAAUCUAAAUAGUCUACCAACAACUGGUAAAAAAAAAAGUUGUCACAACGUGCACGCGGUGCUGCCCGCUCCUCUCGCUCACGUGACUUAGCCAAUAACUCACUCAAAACACACACACCCCUCCGGCCCUCCCAACAUUUACACGGGAACAUGGCAACGCCGAGUGCAUGCGCGCACACAAAUUAUACAGUGCAGAUGGCUUGACCCAUAUUUUAUGUUUGCAAUAUUAAUUGACCGCUCACCCAAUCCACUGAGAAGACGUCAACUCCCAUCCCCCGCCCCUUAGCAACAGAAGCAAGAUGGCGGCGCCCAGUAACGCUGAUCAUUCUCCAGAGAUAUCGACGCCUUUAAAGAUACCGAAAACAGAAGUGCCAUCACCAGAAUCAGAAGAUUUGAGCGACAGCAACCAAUAUCAUUCCAAUCCCUCCACACCUAAUCGAUUCUCGCCUCUCAACGUAGGUUUGUCAAUUUCUGGGAGCGCAGGCCGAAGUGGAUCGGCCUGUGCAUCAAAUAGCUUCACCGCUUGCCGAGGGAUGUCGUGGACCCCAUCAGAAACAAACGCCCUUAUUGCGGUAUGGGGGAAUGAAAGACUGACAGAGGCACGAAUGCAGCAGCUGGAGGUUGCAGGCACCGUUUUCUCUGGAAAGGCUCCUGGUCCAGCAAUGUACGAGCGGGUCUCACGAGCCCUAGCAGAGCUCGGCUACGAAAGGACCCCAUCCCAAUGCAGGGAAAGGAUGAAGGUAAUGGGGGACAGAACGCUGCGACGGUGCUACAGCCGAGUGAAGGAGCACGGUGUCGGCAAGAGGAAGAGCAGCUACUCCAUCGAGCAGCUGGAAAAGGUGUUUGGCCAGGGAGGCUGGGACUCCCAGAUGUGUGCCCCCGUCCUCAUCAACAGCAGUGGCCUGUACCAGGAGAUGGAGUCUGACGGCAGCGCCAUGGAGGAUUUCUCCCAGGAAGACUGGUGCAACCAGGUGCUGGCCUCGGCCUUCCAGGAGGGAGAGAUGGAAACUGAGGAAACACAGCCACCAAAGAAUGCCAGAGUCCUGCAGCUGCGACCUGAGCCUUCGGAGCAAGUCCAGAAACAGGAAGUGAUGCUGAACGUGGUGCGUAUCCUGGAGUCGGUGCAGGUGAAGUGGGAGCACUUUCAGACAUGGACCGACUUCUCCCGGCUACACCUUUCCAACAAGCUGGCCAUUUUUGGCGUGGGCUACAACACGCGCUGGCGUGAGGACAUCCGUUACCACUACGCAGAGAUCAGCUCCCAGGUGCCCCUUGGCAAGCGGCUGCGCGAGUACUUCAACCCAGAGAAGGCAGAGGGCCGUGUCAUCAUGACCAAAGUACAGAAGAUGAACUGGAAGAACGUGUAUUAUAAGUUCCUGGACAUCACCAUUAGCGAAGCACGCUGCCUGGAACUGCACAUGGAGGUGGACUGGAUCCCCAUAGCCCAGGCCAGGGUGAAGGGCUGUAGCAACGGGACCUCCAAGUAUCUCCUACCGGGGGGUAUCCCCAAGACUUACGGCCUGUACGCCAUAGGCUACGAGGACGUGGUGGCGGAGUUGCACUACGCAGGGGAGGAUGAGGCUCCAGCCUCUCCACUGCAACACCAAGACACUGACCAGAGCUUGCCUCUCUCUGGGUCGUCGGGCUCCGGCGGGCCCAGGUCCGAGAGUGUGGUGAGGCCGGGGGGACGAGUGGGGGAGGGGGAGAGGACUGGGGCCAAAGUGACCUACUGCUACCUGGGCAUCGCAGAGGAGAGGACCUUACAGCAGUGUCUGUUCCAGCACUUUCAGAGCUCAGGCAAGCACUACAGCCGCAGGGAGAUCCCGGCCGUAACAUGCUUCCUCCAGGGGAAUUGCAGCGGCACCGGCCAGCAGACCAGGGAAGAGGGCCUCUCCUUGGGCCCUGAACAUUCGACCAUAUACAUUAAAUUUAUUGAGGUGGAGCUAGAUUUCCUCUCUGCUGGCUCACUGUUGGAAUGUCUAGAAAUUGCAGUUGGUUACUCUUUAAAGUACAACAACAAAGAGGCGUUGUAACGCUUGUUGUUUUGACUCCCAUUAACUGAAGGAUUGUACGGGGGCCAGAGGGACAUGCAAUAUCUCUUUCCCCCAAUUUAACUGCAGACCUGAGUUCAAAUGCUAUUUGAAAUCAUUUAAAAUACUUCGGCUGGUCUUGAUUGAGCUUGCCUUGGUCAAUGGAACCAAAAGAAUAGUCACAAAACUGUUAACCCCAGCUGACACAUUCGGCAGGCAAUAGCAAACACAAAAGGAUAUUUGAAAUAGUGUUUGAACCCCGGUCUGUGUACAUGCUUUCUUAUCAGGGGAUGUGAGAGGGGAAUGGCUACUGCUGAAUGCCUUUCCCUACCUUGAGUAUUCGGCCCCCUUGAACUUUGCGACCUUUUGCCACAUUUCAGGCUUCAAACAUAAAGAUAUAAAACUGUAUUUUUUUGUGAAGAAUCAACAACAAGUGGGACACAAUCAUGAAGUGGAACAACAUUUAUUGGAUAUUUCAAACUUUUUUAACAAAUCAAAAAUUGGGUGUGCAAAAUUAUUCAGCCCCUUUCAGUGCAGCAAACUCUCUCCAGAAGUUCAGUGAGGAUCUCUGAAUGAUCCAAUGUUGACCUAAAUGACUAAUGAUGAUAAAUACAAUCCACCUGUGUGUAAUCAUGUCUCCGUAUAAAUGCACCUGCACUGUGAUAGUCUCAGAGGUCCGUUAAAAGCGCAGAGAGCAUCAUGAAGAACAAGGAACACACCAGGCAGGUCCGAGAUACUGUUGUGAAGAAGUUUAAAGCCGGAUUUGGAUACAAAAAUAUUUCCCAAGCUUUAAACAUCCCAAGGAGCACUGUGCAAGCGAUAAUAUUGAAAUGGAAGGAGUAUCAGACCACUGCAAAUCUACCAAGUCCUGGCCGUCCCUCUAAACUUUCAGCUCAUACAAGGAGAAGACUGGUCAGAGAUUCAGCCAAGAGGCCCAUGAUCACUCUGGAUGAACUGCAGAGAUCUACAGCUGAGGUGGGAGACUCUGUCCAUAGGACAACAAUCAGUCGUAUAUUGCACAAAUCUGGCCUUUAUGGAAGAGUGGCAAGAAGAAAGCCAUUUCUUAAAGAGAUCCAUAAAAAGUAUCGUUUAAAGUUUGCCACAAGCCACCUGGGAGACACACCAAACACGUGGAAGAAGGUGCUCUGGUCAGAUGAAACCAAAAUUGAACAUUUUGCCAACAAUGCAAAACGUUAUGUUUGGCGUUAUAGUGACACAGCUCAUCACCCUGAACACACCAUCCCCACUGUCAAACAUGGUGGUGGCAGCAUCAUGGUUUGGGCCUGCUUUUCUUCAGCAGGGACAGGGAAGAUGGUUAAAAUUGAUGGGAAGAUGGAUGGAGCCAAAUACAGGACCAUUCUGGAAGAAAACCUGAUGGAGUCUGCGAAAGACCUGAGACUGGGACAGAGAUUUGUCUUCCAACAAGACAAUGAUCCAAAACAUAAAGCAAAAUCUACAAUGGAAUGGUUCAAAAAUAAACAUAUCCAGGUGUUAGAAUGGCCAAGUCAAAGGCCAGACCUGAAUCCAAUCGAGAAUCUGUGGAAAGAACUGAAUACUGCUGUUCACAAAUGCUCUCCAUCCAACCUCACUGAGCUCGAGCUGUUUUGCAAGGAGGAAUGGGAAAAAAAAUCAGUCUCUCGAUGUGCAAAACUGAUAGAGACAUACCCCAAGCGACUUACAGCUGUAAUCGCAGCAAAAGGUGGCGCUACAAAGUAUUAACUUAAGGGGGCUGAAUAAUUUUGCACGCCCAAUUUUUCAGUUUUGGAUUUGUUUGAAGCCUGAAAUGUGGCAAAAGGUCGCAAAGUUCAAGGGGGCCGAAUACUUUCGCAAGGCACUGUAGCAGUGGACAUACAGUAUAUUUGUCACAAGAAGAUUGUGUGCACUUGUUUUAAAACUGCCUUUACACUUCUUUGAAUUUGGAUGUCUAAGGUGCCAGGUCUAAGGUGCCAGGUCUAAGGUGCCAGGUCUAAGGUGCCAGAAAAAGAUCCCGGGGUAAAGAGCAUGUAAGGAACUUGAUCCAAUUCUAAUAGAGGACCUAGAGGGGCAAUAUGAAUGAAGAUAUUGAAUCUAUCUCUAUAUAGAAAUAUAUAUUUAAGAAUAUAUAUUGAUGUUGUCAAGCAUUCCAGCAUUUAUUAACAUUAUGAAUUUCAAAGAAGUAUGUUAAUGUUUUGAUAUAUAUUAUUGGUUAACCAGUGUCUUUGUGUAUUUUUGUUUCCAGGUCACAGUCUUGUGUUUACAUGUUUUGAAAAAAAUAAUAAACAGGGCACAGACCGUCAUUUGCCACUCAUUGAA